GGCCUUUUCGAACUAACCCUCACUAUUCUCAUUCCUUUUUAAAACCCUCAUUUCCCCUCCUUUCAGCUUCCCACUCCCCACCCCCCCCACCCCACCCCCAAGAGAGAGAUAGAGAGAGAGAGAAAUGUCAAGUAGUAGCAGGGAUAGAAGUUCAAGAAUUACAGAAGAUGAGAUCAAUGACCUCAUCUUGAAGCUGCAGCCGUUGUUGCCAGAUUCAAUGUCUAAUACAAGGGUUUCAGCAUCAAUGAUUUUAAAGGAGACAUGCAAUUACCUCAAGAAAUUGCACAAGGAGGUGGAUGAUCUAAGUGAGAGACUGUCUCAACUUCUGGCUUCUGGAAGUUUCGAUGCAGAUACUAUUAGGGCACUCCUCCGACGUUGAAUAUAUUCUCACAUGAUCUCUAAAGAUACCUAUUUGUCUCGUAUCUUUGGAAUAUUAGAAUUAAUGGAGAAUCUACGAAAGAUUGAAAAAAGUUUUACGGGAACAUACAAGCGAUGCAAACUUCGAUUUAUAAGUAGCAAGAUUUAGGAUUCAAAUAUCACCACUCUACGAUCCUCCACAAGUAAAUAAAAAAAUUUAUGUUAUAUUGUUCAGGGCCA